AUGGAGAAUAAUUUUGAUAAGUUAUUUUCUCAUAAUAGAGACAUCAAAAACAUAAAACAAUAUUGUGAGCAAGGAGAUUUAAAAUUUGAAAAUGAGGAAUUAAAAAGAGAAAGAGAAAAAAUAAGAAAUGAUAAGGUAUUUAUUAGGUGUGUUAAGAAUAUAUGGUUAAAUAUUUUAAAUAAAAAGAUGGAUGAUAAGUUUACAAAAGUUGAAUAUUUUAAAAUUAUGUUAAGAAUAUGUAAAGUUCUAAUACCUCAAUUUGAAAUAAAAGAAAUUGUAAAAAUAGUAAAUGAUGAGUGGAAUAAUGAUUCUAAAGGAAAAAAAUUUUUAGAUUUUUAUUCUUUUUUUAAUGCUUUUUUUGAAUUGUCAGAUAUAUGGACUCCAACUAUAAAUGCUGAAGAUUAUGCUCACUUUUUAAAAUCAUUAUUUUAUAGAAUUACAUAUAUUGAAAUAAAAAAAAACAAUGGAGAAAUUAUUAAAAAAAAACCUAUGAUAAUGAUACAUUUUAGAAGGAAAGAAGAAGAAAAAAGAUUGUCAUUGUAUAAUUUAUCAAAGAAUAAUAAAAAUGAAAUUUCAGAACAAAAUAGACUAAUAAAAAAUAUUAAAUCUAUAAAAAAAAUGUCUAGUGAAGUAGAAGAAUUAAAAAAAGAAUUUACAAAAAGGUUUAGCGAAAAUUAUCAACUUCAGGAAUCAUUUUUAUAUAACCCUGAUGAAGAAGAAGAAAUUAUAGAUGAAAAUUUAUUUGAGAAUUUAUUAAAUAAUAGGAAUAAUAAUUCUUAUUUACAUAGUAGUAUAGUAUUAAUGGAUGUAAAUGAUAUCAAUCCUUUAGAAUAUAUUGAUAGCGAUGAAGGAAAUAACAACUUAAUAGAAAAAAAACGAAAAAAUUACAAUACCUCAAAUGCAUUUACACAUAAUAUAGAAAAUAAUGAUAAAUCAAAAAUUAAUCAAGAGAAAAAAAAAAAUAUAAAAAUUAAAAAAGUUGGAGAAAAUAUAGAUGAAAAAAUUAAAAAAAAUAACGGGAUUGAAAUACAUAAAAAAGAUGAAAAAUAUUCUAUAAGAAAAAAUUAUCCUAAUUUAAGUAAUAAUUUAAUCCUAACUAGGAAUUCAUAUACUUCAUUAAAUUUAUUAAAUGAUAAAGUAGAAAAAGAUGUAGAAAAAAAAAGAAGGAAAACUGAUAGUUCUGUAUUAAAUGAUUUAUUAAAAAUUAAAGGAGAAGAAAAUAAGAUUGAAUCAAGGAAAAAUAAUGAAAUGAAAAAAAAGGAAAAAUCACAAUUAGAAAAUUCUUUUCUUAUUGAUGGAAUAAGUUUUUCUGAAUUCACAAAAGAAUGUAAAAUAAUGGAUGCUGAUAAAUUAAAUGAAGAAAUUAAGACAGAGGAAAAUGAAAUAUCUGAUGAUAUAUUUGUAUCAGAAAAAAAACAUUUUUUAGAAUUAGAUAGUUGCAUUGACUUUGAUGAAAAGACAUAUAAAAGUGAAAAAAAAAAAUUUGAUAAAGACGAAGAAAAAAAAAAAAAAGAGGAAGUUAAAAAUUUUGAAGAAAAAAAAAAAAGUAUUAAAAAUGAAAAUGAAGAAAUUCAAGUAGUGAAUAAAAAAAGUAAAAAAAUCUCAAAAGAAGAAAAGCUAAAUUCUAAUAAUGAGGAAAAUAUUUUAGAAAAUCAAAAAUUGAAAAAAAAAAAAAAAGAAAAAGAUAUUACACCAAAUAAAAUAAAUGAUAACAUGAUAAAUAAAACAAAAGAAAAAUUAGCUUUAAAAAAUGAUGAUCAAUUAGAUGAGGAGUUCAGAAAAAAUUUUAUAAAAAUAGAUGAAGAUAAAGAAAAAAAAAAUAAAAUAAAAAAUAUAUGUGAUUCUGAUGAAGAAUAUAUAGACGCUUUAAAAAAUAAUUUAAAAGAUGAUAACAUUUGUAUAAAAAAUGAAACUGAUAUAAAAAAUGAUAUUAAAAAAAAAAAAAAAUUGAAUAAGAGCAACAAGAAAGAAUUAAGUGAUAUACCUCAUGAAAAGAAAAGUGAAAAUGAAAAUGAAAAUGAAAAUGAUAUAGGUAAAGCAAAAAAUUAUUUAGAAAAUGAAAAAAAAACUUUAGAGAAGCUAGAGCAAAAAGACAAGGGAAAAUACAAAAAGUUAAAAAAAAAAAUAGAUUCAAUAAAUGACGAGUUAAUAAAUGAUAAUAAAGAAUUUUUAGAGAACCAAAGUAAUAUGGAAUAUAGUUUAAAUAGAAAUAAAGAAAAAGGAACAAAAACUAGCGAUUAUACAAGUGAUUCCUUUAAAAUAAAGAAGUUAUCAUUUGAAGAAUUAGACAAAGGAAUGAAUAAAGAAACCCUAGAAGAAAUAAACAAAGAUAUGAACAAAAUACUAAGUAAGGAAGAAAACGAAAUAUUAAAAAUAGAAAGAAAUGAAAAAGUUGAUGAUGAGAGUAACACUAAAUCAUUAAAGGAGGACGAAGAAGAAAAAAAAAUAAAAGAACAAAAGAAAUUGUUAAUAACUGUUAAAAAUGAAAUUUCUGAUAAAUUGGAAUCAUAUGAACAAAAUUUUGAUAUUUUUGUAAAAAAAAUUAAAAGAGUAAGCAUUUUAAAAGAUGAUGAAGAUGAAAAUAUUUCAAACAACGAAUAUUCAGAAAAUAAUAAUGUAAUUAGUAACCUAAAGAACAAAACUAGUGAACUUGAAAUAGACAAUUUAAAUACAAAAAAUGUUUUAAUUGAAAACUUAGAAAUAAAAAAAAAUAAAAAUGAGAAUUUAUUUAAUGAUAUGAGUAAAACAUUUCAUGAAAUGAAUAAAAUAUUAAAUGAUACAUUUGUUAAGAAUGAAAAAAAUAUUUUAAGAAAAGAAAAUCAAAAAAUGUCUUCCAAUGAAAUAUAUCAAAAAUUAAAAUUACCAGAUGAAUAUGAAAAUGAAGAAAAAAAGAAAUUAUAUCAAAAUAAUAACACAAUGCAUAUCAUAUAUAAUGAUGGUGAAGAAAAAGAUAUCCUUUAUAGGGAAAUUAAAGAAAAUGAUAUCCUUUAUAGAGAAAUUGAAGAAAAGGAUAUUUUAUACGGUGAAAAUAGUAUAAGAGACAAGUUAUGUGAUGAAAAUGAAGUAAUAGGCAUGUUAUAUAAUGAAAACAAAACAAAAGAUAAUUUAUUUGAUAAAAAUAAAAUAAAUUAUGAGUUAUAUAAUGAAAAUGAAAGAAAAGAUAUUUUAAUUAAUGAAAGUGAUAGAAAAGAUAAGUUAAUUAAUGAAAAAGAGGUAAAUGAUAUUUUAAUGAAUGAAAAUGGAAGAAAAGAUAUUUUAAUGAAUGAAAAUGAAAGAAAAGAUAAGACAUAUUAUGAAAAUAAUAUAAAAGAUAAGUUAUAUACGGAAAGAGAAGCAUGUUAUCAGUUGCAAGUUGAAAAUGAAACAAAAAAUAAGUUAUCAUAUAAUAAUAAACUAAAAGGUAAUUUGUAUAAUGAAAAUGGAGUAAAAGAUAAGUUAUAUAAGGAAAAUGGAGAAAUAAAUAAUUUAUAUGGUGAAGUUAAAACAAUGAAUAAAUUGCAAGGAGAAAGUGAAGAAAAAAAUAUUUUAAUUGAUCAUAGUCAAUUAAAAAAUAAGUUGUAUAAUGAAAAUGAAGUAAAAGAUAAAUUAUGUAAUGAAAACAAAAUAAUAGACAAAUUACAUAAUGAGAAUGAAUUAGGAAAUAAAAUAUAUAAGGAAAAUGAGAUGAAAGAUAAGUUAUAUAAUGAAAUUGAAGAAAAAGAUAAGAUAUAUAAUGAAAAUAAAAUAAAAGAUAAGUUAUAUAAUGAAAUUGAAGAGAAAGAUAAAUUAUAUAAAGAAAAUGAGAUGGAAGAUAAAUUAUAUAAAGAAAAUAAAAUAAAAGAUAAGAUAUAUAAUGAAAUUGAAGAAAAAGAUAAAUUAUAUAAAGAAAAUGAGAUGAAAGAUAAGUUAUAUGAUGAAAUUGAAGAGAAAGAUAAAUUAUAUAAAGAAAAUGAGAUGGAAGAUAAAUUAUAUAAAGAAAAUGAGAUGAAAGAUAAGUUAUAUGAUGAAAUUGAAGAGAAAGAUAAAUUAUAUAAAGAAAAUGAGAUGAAAGAUAAGUUAUAUGAUGAAAAUAAAAUAAAAGAUAAGAUAUAUAAUGAAAUUGAAGGAAGAAAUAAGUUAUAUAAUGAAAUUGAAGAAAGAAAUAAGUUAUAUAAUGAAGAUGAAGGAACAGAUAAUCUAUGUGAUGAACAUAAAGAAAAACAUACGUUAUAUUAUGAAAAUGAGGGAAAAGAUAAGUUAAAUAAUAAAAAUAAAGUAAAUGAUAUUUUAGUUGAAAAAUGUGUCAAGAAAGAUAUGAUAUAUGACAAUAAUAAAAUAAAAACUAAUCUAUAUAAUGAAAAUGAAACAUCUGAUAAGUUACAUGAUUAUAAUAAAGAAAAAAAUAAAUCACAUAAUAAUAACGAAGUAAAAAAAAUGUUAUAUAAUGACAAUAAAAUAAAAAGUUCACUAUACGAUAAAUCAGAGAUAAAAGACAGAAGUAAAAUAUUUGAUGAAGACAGUUUGAAAGAAAUAAAAAUGGAUAAUGAACCAGAAACUCCAAGGAAAAAAAUUAAAUUUCUACAUGUAGAAGAUGAAAAUAAAAUGAGAAACUUUAUAAAAAUAAAUAAAAAAAGGAAAAGAGAAAAUUUUAUAAUAAUAUCAAAUUCUCAUAAAAAUAUAUAUAACUUAAUAAAAAAAUUAAAAGUUGAAUUUAUUGAACCAUCAGUAAUAUUAAAUAGAAAUUGGAAAAUGGAAAAAGAAUUUUUGUCUCCGUUAGGUAAAUUAAUUAAUAUAGAUCUAGAAAAUGGUAAUUCUAUUGAUUUUAAAAAAAUUUUAGAUCUAACGUUAGAAUAUAUUAAUACAAUUGUCUCUAAAAACAAUGGUUACGUUUUAUAUUUAAAUGAAUAUUUUAUGAAACAUUUAGAAUAUUUUCUCUCAAAAUUAAAAAAAUUGUCCUCUUUAAAUUAUAUUAAUUAUAUUCAUUUUUUAAAUAUUAAUUUUUUAAAAAACGUAAAAAAUAAUAGAGAAAUAAAUAUUAAUAAUUUUAUACUAAAUGAUAAAAAUUUAAUUUUAGAGAAUCCAUUUAAAGAUGCCUUUCCAACAUUUUGCAUAAUUCUUAAAAAUUAUAGGAACCUAAAUCUUAACUGUGAAGAAUCAUCUUAUAUAAAGAAAAUUUAUGAAAACUUAUUGAACCAAUAUAAAAAUAAUGUUUCCUAUCCAUUUGAACUGGUCAAAUUAAAAGGAAAUGAUAUUGAAUUUAAUAUUAAUAGUCAAAAAAAGAAAACUGAAAAUACAAAUGAAGAGAUAAAAGUUGAAGGUAGUGAAAGCAAUGAAGAAGAAAAAAAAAAAAGUAUUAUCAUAGAUGAAUUCAAAAGUAAAAAUGAGGAAGGAAAAGAAGAAAAGGAAGAUCAAGAAGAUAAAGAGGAAGAGGAAGAGGAAAAAGAAAAAGAAGAAAAAGAAGAAGAAGAAAAAGAAGAAGAAGAAGAAAAAGAAGAAGAAGAAGAAAAAGAAGAAGAAGAAGAAAAAGAAGAAGAAGAAAAAGAAGAAGAAGAAGAAAAAGAAGAAGAAGAAAAAGAAGAAAAGGGAGAAAAAAGGAAACUAGUUAAAGGAUACAAAAGAAAAAAAGAAAAAAAAAAAGAUGAUGAAAAUGAAUGCGAAGACAAAUUCAAAGAGGAAAAUAUAUAUAGUGAUGAAAAAGAAAAUGGGGAUAAUGAUGAAUUCUCGGACGAAAAUUAUUUAAGUAUUGAUAGUAUAGAUAAAGAUUACCUUGAUGAAGUAGAAAACGAUCAAAAAAAUAGAGAAAAAUACCAUGAAGAUAAAGAAGAAGACAAAGAUAAUGAAGAUGAAAACAGUGAAGAGGAAGACAAUGAAGAGGAAGAUAAUGAAGAGGAGGAUAAUGAAGAAGAAGACAAUGAAGAAGAAGACAAUGAAGAGGAAGAUAAUGAAGAGGAAGAUAAUGAAGAGGAAGAUAAUGAAGACAAAGAAAAUGAAAAAGAAAACAGUGAAGAGAAAGGUAGUGAAGAGGAAGAUAGUGAAGAGGAAAAUAGUGAAGAGGAAGACAAUGCAGAGGAAAACAAUGAAAAGAAAGAUAAUGAAGAAUAUAAAGGAAAAAAUGAAAAAGAAAAUAAGAAAAAUAUACAUUUGUUGAAUACAGAGGAAGUUCAAUACGACAAAUUCAAGGAAUACAACCAGAGUAAUGACAAAAAAGCUAAUACUUACAUUAUAAAUGUCGAUAAUGUAAGUGAAAAAUAUUUUGAUUUAAUGAAUAAAGAAAUAAAUUACAUUUAUAAAUGUUCUAACCCUAAAAAAUACUAUCAAAAUUAUUACAAAGACUUAAAAAAUUAUUACAAUGAUAUAAAGUUUGAAAAGGAAAUUUGCUUAAUUCUUUCAUACUUUAAAAAGUUAUUAAAAACAAAUAAUGAAGACAGUAAAAUAGGAAGUGUACAAAAUUUUAAUGAAGAAAUAGAAAAUGAUGAAUCAGAAAAACUAGAUGACGUAAGCAGAGGAAAGGUUGAACACAUUGUAGAAAUAAAGAAUUCAAAUAUUGCAAAUGAGAAUAACAUAAAAAUUUUAAAUGAUGAUUUAAAAAAUUUAGAAGAAGUGGAAAAGUAUUUACUAAAUAUAUUAGUGAAAACAUUCGAUAUAAAAAUAAUACAUAUAGAUGUAGUUAAAAAUACUUCUAUUUACAAAGUUUUCUAUGUUAAUAUGAUUAAAAAUAACUAUUCUUAUUAUUUAAAAAAUAACUAUUUUCCAUAUAAAUAUAAUAAAAAAAGUAAUAAUAAAGAAAAAAACAAAUAUAAUUUUCUAUUAAUAAAUUUAAAACAAAAAGGAGUUUCAUCAAAAUUAAUUAUGAAUGAAAAAAAUGAUCAUAAGGAUGCACAAUAUAAAAAAGUGAAUAAUCAGGAUCUAAGAAAAAGUAAAGGAGAAUUGAAAACAGAAAAAAAAAACAACGAAAUUUAUGAAAAAAGUGAUUUCAAUAUGAAAGAGGAAGCUUUGGAAAAUAAAAAUAUAAAUAAAUAUUAUAGAUAUUGGAGUAAUUAUUAUAAAUAUUGUCCCGUUUCCUACAUAAAUGAAAGUAAAUUAAUAAAAGGAGAUAAAAAUUUUACAGUCAUUUAUAAAAAUAAAGUGUAUAUGUUAGAAACAUAUGAAAAAAUGAAUGAGUUUUUGAAGUACCCAAAAUUUUAUUCUAGUCAAAAAAUAAAAGAAUCAGUAAGUUUUUGUAUGGUCAUUUAUUUUCCAAAUAAUGAUAUAAAAAACAAAAUUUUUAACUUGCUUAAAUCUUAUGAUAAAAUAAUACAUAUUGAUAUGGAUGAAUAUUUUAAAUCUGUUUUUGAAAAAAUUAAUGAAGACGAAGAAGAUUUCAAUUUUCAUUUAUUUGAAGCUAAUCGUUUGCUUGAAGGUAAAAUGAUUUCUUCCUUAUUUAUGGUUAGAUAUAUAUGUAAGAAAAUGAAUAAAAUCCACAAUUUUAAUGUGUAUAUCUUGAGAGAGAUUAUAUUAUUCUUAAAUGAGUUCCGAAAAAAUUUUGAAAAUUUACUUAAUAAUAGAUUUGAUGCUUCACUAAAAAAGAAAAAUUCUGUGGAAAAUAUUUAUGAAGAAAAAAAAAUAAAAAAAAAACAUUUUGACCUUAUAAUAAAAAUUAAAUCUCUUUAUAAUCUAUUAAUGAUUAAAAGGAAUGAUGAAGAAGAGAUUAAUUUUAAAAACAUAAUUAGUGAACUUUUUAUUGCACAAAGCUUAGAGAGUGCAAAUGAAAUAAUAAGUAAAUUAAUUAGUUUAAUUGAUAAAUUAUUUUAUAUAGAAAAUGAAAAAUGUAAAAUUCAAAUUGAAGAUGAUAAUAUUAAAAAAAAAGAAAACAGUUUAGAGAAGUUUGAAGGUAAUAAUAAUGAAACAAACAAAGUUUUAUGUAGCGAAAGUGUUGUAUCUACAUAUUCAAAUAACAAUUUUAUCAUAAGUGGAUUACCAUUAAAUAAUAAAAUUUUUUCUCAUUUAAAAAAAAUGAAUAUUGAAGUUGGUUACAUUAUUGCAUUUAAUAUUAAUAAUAAAAAGACAAAAAUUAUUGAGAAUUUCGAAUAUAAUAUUUCACAGACCGUUGAGAGCAAUUUAAAUAGUUUUAAUAAUUGUAACUAUAUGUGUUUAUACAACAGAAACUAUAAAAGAAAGAUAGAAAAAUUAAAAAAAGAAAAUUAUAAUAUUCACUUCAUAAAUAUUAAUAAUAACAUUUAUAAUUAUUUAAACGAAAUAAGAAAAAUCAUAAACCCAUUUUUUCAUUCUUAUAUUAAUUAUAAUUCUAUAUUAGAUGAUAAUAUAUUAAUUUCUAAGCUGAAUAAUGGUUAUACUAAUGUAUAUUGUCCAUACAUUUUAAAAAAACAUAAUUGGUUAUAUAAAUGUAGGCAGAAUAUCAAACUAAUUCAUGAUGAAAAAGUACAUUAUUUGUCAAAUGCUUAUAAUGCCUUUUUAUUUAAUCAGAAUAUUAGAUUUUAUUUACAUAAUUAUAAUGUACCUCCAUUAAGAAUUUUAUUACUAAAUGAUAAAAAUUGUAAUUUCAAAGAUGAAAUUAACAGUAUUACAUGUAAAUUUUUUCUAAAAUAUAUAGAUAUAGAACAUGAAUUUAUAAAAAAUUUUAAAUAUGUAUGUAUAUAUAUAAUAAAAUAUAUAUAUGUUUUUAAAAUAUGUAAAUAUAAUGGUGAAGAAGAAUAUUUAAAUAAAAUUUCAUUAGAUACUUUAGCUCAAUUUAACUUUCAAAAAAUAAUUUAUUUAAAUAAUGAAGAUGUAUUAUUUCUAGAAAAUAAUAUUAAUAAAGUUAAAAUAACUGAAGAUAAUAAAAUUUUUGAGGAAGAAAAAAUAUAUGAUAUAAUAUUUUCUCUUAUUAAACCAUAUAAUUUGAUUUUAAACAUAGCAAAAAUCUUGACAGUACGAUUUAUAUUACACGAAAAUUUAGAGAAUUGUGUGAUCAAAUUUAAUUACACAAAAAAAAGCAUUUUUAAAAUAUUGGAUAGAGAAAACCUAAAAGAAAUUUUAAGAACAAAUAGAGAUAUUUUGCUUUGUAAAUCUAAUGGACAAAAAAAUAUGUCAAAUAAAGAUUUUUCUGAACAAGGUAAAAUAAAUGAUCAAGAACACAAUCAUAUAAGUUCAAAAGAUUCAUUAUAUGUAAAAAAUGAAGAUGAUGAUAAAAACUCAAAAAGCAGCAGAAAUAAUUUUAAUCAUAAAAUGAAUACUGAAGAAAUUAUUUAUAAUAAAAAUAAUAAUAACGAAAUACAAUAUAGUGAAGAUAAUUCUGAUGAAAGCAGUUCUAAUGAGAACGAGUCAUCAAAUAAUUCUGAUAAUUAUUUUUGCUACAGUAAAAAUACUAUAAAAAUAAAAGAUGUCGAAAAAAUAUUUUUAAGGAAAAAUGAGAAAAAAAUACUUUAUAGUAAGUAUAAAUUUUUAGAGGAAAAAUUAUUAAAUUCAUUUGUAAAAAUUUUAAAAUAUUCAUUUCGUAUACCUGAGCAUAUAAUUUAUUUAAAAUGCAAAACUCAAGAGUCAUGGAAAAAAUCCGAAUUUUAUAAAUUAGAAAAAAGUAUAAUUGUAGAAGAAAGUAAGAAGAAGAAGUAUUUGGAUGAAAUAAGGAAAGUUUCAAAGAAAAACAAAAAAAUUAUUAAUUAUUUAAAAAAUUAUACUAAUAUAUGGAAUAUUAAUGUAAGCAAAAUGCAUAUGAAAUCUGUGAAAGCAUUAAUAGAAGAUAAAUUAAAUCAAAUUUUGCAAUACAGAAAUAAUUUAUUUCUUCAAUUAAAUAUAAAAAAAAUUGAUAAAAUGUGGGCAGAAUUUUUAAAAAAUAAUAAUUAUGCAAAAUUAUCAAGUUUUUAUUUUUAUUCUCCUGUUGACACUGAUAAUAUUGUAGAUAUAGACACAAAUUUCAUAGUUCUAUAUAAUUCAUUUUUAUUCUAUUUUAGAACAGAAGAAGAAUUAAAUAAAUUUUCUAGGAAGCCACUUUAUUAUUUAACGCAGAUGAAGCCAGACCCUUCUUUUGUUCUUCCUUUUAUAUUUAUAUACUCUAAUAUGAAUGUAGAAAAUGUGUGUGAAGAAUUAAUGAAAAAUACCAAAUGUAAAAUAAUUAAUAAACAAAAUUUAAUAUCAUUUGGUUAUCAAAUAAGUAAAUAUAAGGAAGUAAUUGAAAAUAAGAAUAUAAAUGAUAACGUAUUAAUGGAUUUGUUGUAUAUAAGGUUGAAUCAGUAUGACGUUUUAUCACAUGGUUGUAUCUUAUAUAACUUUCCUUAUAACAGAAAUCAGUUAAAUACGAUUUUAAAAAGUAAAAAAAUUCCACAUUUAAUUUUUAUAAUUAAACAAAAAUUUAUUGAUAAAAAUGAAAAAUUGAGUGGUGAAAAUAUUUCAGUAUUGAAUAAAUAUAAUCAUAUUGUGUCGAAUGAUGAAAUUAAUGCAGAUAAAAGUUUCCUAUCAGAGAAUAAUGACAAUAAUGAAAUAGUUCAUAAUUUUUAUGCUUUUAUAAAUAAUAUAGAAGAAAAAUUUAAAAAAUAUAAUAAUAUUAUUAAUGUUGAGUACACAAAUAUAUGGAAAAUGAAAUAUCAAAUAAUUAACAAUAUAGAAGAACGAAUAAAAAGCUAUCAGAGAUAUAAUAGAUAUAAAUAUAAUAAUAAAACUGCAUACUUUAAAGGAUUUAAUAUAUAUGAAAAAGAAAAUUAUGAACAUGAAAUAAAAUUUAAUAACUAUUGCUUAGUUACGUAUAAAAAUAAAAAUGUUUUACUUAAAUGCAACAUAUUUGAUAAUUAUACUGUAUAUCACAAUAAUUCUUUUUAUUUAGUUAGUAACUAUGAGGAUGUUUUAAAUUUUGAAAAAGAUCCUAAUGAAUACAUAAACUUAGAGUUGCCAUUUGCAAAAUUUGAGAAAAUUAAUGAAAUAAAUGUAAAUAUUCAAGUAGAAAAUGAUGGUUUUUGCUUGGUUAGCUUAGUUGAUGAACAAAAUUUUGUUAAAGGAGAUAAAAAAUAUUGCAUAAAAUAUGAAAAUAAAUUUUAUUUGUUUCAGAGUGAAGAAAAAAUGCAAAAAUUUAUUAAUUAUUAUAAUAAUUAUUUAAAUAGUCAAAAUAUAUUUGAUAUAAUUAUUGAAAAAAUGAAAAACAAAAAUGAUGUCAAUACAUUAAUUUAUUUAAAAACUUAUUUGUAUGAAGUUUUAUGUCAAGCCUUAUAUGAGUUAGGAAAACAUAGACCACUUUAUCCUGGUUUAAGCAUAAAAUUAAGUGCAAUAAAAUUUUUAGCCUUUUUCUUUUACAAAGAAAAUAAAUUAUUUUCAAUUCCUCUGAGAAAAAAGUAUCAAAGUACUUUUCAAGAUUUCUUAACUGAUUGUGAAAUACCAAUUACUAUACAAAAAUUAAAAGAAAAAUUUGAAAAAAAUUGUGUAAAUAAUAAUCAAAGCAUAAAAAAGCCUACUAAUAAUUGGACAAAAAGGGACAUUGAAAAAUAUGAAAAAUAUAUAAGCUUAUAUGAUAAUAUAAUUUAUUCUCAAAAUAAAACAAAUAAUAACAGAUCUACUUAA